AUGCCGUCUAGAGCCCGUAUGCAGCUGGCGGCUCGCCUAGCCAAGCGGAAUGCGGCUGCGGCUGCGGAGAAUGGCGGGCAGGAAGGAAGCUCGUCCAACACGGACGACGGGACUUCGGAUGCCUUCACCCUUCCCAGCCUGUCAGCAAGCGAGCGACUGCGCAACCCGUUUGCCGAUGACGGUGAUGACGAGGACAAUAGCAGCGACGAGGACAACCUCGACAAUGCCGAGGACGAGGGAGGCGCAAGCAGCUCGGCGUGGAACAGAGGUUCGUGGUGGAGAGGUGUCGUUGGCGGUCGCAGUUCAAGCAGGAGACAAGGCGAUAAUGAGAAUCAAGAGAAGGAACGCUUCGGCGACGGGCGGGAUGACACUGACGAUUCGGAUGAUGCCGUCCACGAAGACGACAUUGACGACGAGGAGUUUGGUGAUUUCGCCAUGCCCGAGGUUCAGUCGUCGGGAGCCAUGGUCAGCGGGAUCGAUCCAGCCAGGGAGAAGAUUCUUGUCAAGCCCAUGGCUCUUCACCCCAGUGCUGCCAAGAGCUCGUUUGGCAGCUUGUGGCCUUUUGGGGGUCAAGGCUUCGGUGCGAACAAGGAGAAGGAGCAAGAGAAGAUGACAGAGGGCGAGCCGGGGACGUCGACGUCGUCAUCUUCUCCUGCCAAUGCCAUCACCGAGGAGCCGGUGGAACUUGGCAAGGAAGAGGAUGAGGGCGUCAUUGGAGAGGAUGGGCAGAAGAUCAACAGGGCGGUAGAGGCGAAGAGGAGAACGAGUAUCGAGGACCCGGACGACGAUGAUGUGGGUGGGGAGGAGAUCAUUGUGCAUAAGGGACCGGGAGUGCAUUAG